AUGGCUGGAUUGUGGCAGCAGCUCAGCUCCCUGCGGCAGGGUCGAGCUCUGGCUCUCCUCCACCUCAUCUGUCUUUUCUGCCCACCUUCGGGUGCUCUUCCCUGGGAUACCAAAGCCAGCACCAACCCUCUGAAGGGGUUUCAGGUAGUGAAGGGGAAUUUCUCCAGAACUUUCCUCCGCGUUGGCUACCAUAAGAUUGCAGAGAUUCCUGCUGGAGCACGAAACAUCAGCGUACGGGAGACGAUAAAGAGUCGAAACUACCUGGCUCUGAGGUCCCAAAGUGGCAUCUCCAUCAUCAAUGGUAACUGGGCGAUUGACAGGCCGGGGAUCUUCAUCGCCGUGGGAACGAUGCUGACGUACCAGCGACCCAAUGAAAUCCGCUCUCGCAACGGAGAGUCCAUCACUGCACCCGGGCCACUGGCUGAGGACCUGCAUGUUUAUUUGAUUUACCAGCAACCAGGUCCCAGUGUAUCCUAUGAAUACAUUGUGCCUUUAGAAAACACACACCCGACUCCAGAGCCUGAUCCACCUUCUGAUAUUCUGCCCCUGGUUGAGACAGGAAGCCCAUCCCACUCAGGUGAGAGGGACCGCCAAAGUGACGUCACAGACAAUGACAUCAUCAAAGAGAAACCCCACCCUAACCAGGUUCCUUCUGACCCUCGGCCCACCUACACCUGGACAAAGAGUGGUCACACAGAGUGCAGCUCCACCUGUGGCACUGGCAGGCGUCAGGUACUCUGGGAAUGUGUUGAGAAGGAUUCCCAGGAGACUGUUGCUGCUGACCUUUGUGACCCCGCCCUUGAGCCAACAAACCGGGAAGAAGACUGCAACACCCAGCCCUGUCCUGCAUACUGGGAUGUGGGGGAGUGGUCAGAGUGCAGCAGGAGGUGCGGACCGGGCACUCAGCACCGCCAGGUCAUCUGCCGCCAGGUCACACAAGUUCAUGCCAAUGGGACAGAGACAUCGGUUACAGUAGGACAAGAGGUGUGUGGGCUGUCUGAUCGGCCGGUGACCAAGUCUACAUGUCAGCUCAAGAUCUGUAGCCAGUGGGAAAUACGAUCAGAGUGGAGCCCGUGUUCAGUGCCAUGUGGGGUGGGCCAGCGCAGCAGGGAGGUGGUGUGUGUGAGCAACCUGGGUGAUGUGGAGGAGGAUGAGGAGUGCAACAUGAACCUAAAGCCAGACACAUUGCAGAACUGUGACAUGGGGGCCUGUGCACGCAGCUGGUUCACCUCCAUCUGGAGCCAACGGUGCUCUGCAGAAUGUGGUGGAGGCAAUCGAACCCGGACGGCAGUGUGCCUGACAGAUCAUGUGACUGAUCUCCCAUUGGACAGCUGCAAAGGGGAACGCCCACCACAAGUGACAUCGUGUGACUCGGGCCCCUGCCAGAACCGCCUGGAGUGGUACACCGGACCCUGGGGUCAGUGUUCUGCAGAGUGCGGGAAUGGCACACAGACACGGAGUGCAGCUUGUAUUUUCAUCAACGAUGGUCGUAUGGAGGUUGUGGACGACUUAAAAUGUUCCAGUCUCUCUCAGCCAAUCACAGCUCAGCCCUGCAGACUGAAGCCAUGCGGUGUCCAGUGGUAUGUCACAGAUUGGAGUGUGUGUUCACGCUCCUGUAAUGGGGGCUACCGUGUGCGUGAGGUGCGCUGUCUUGCUGACAACAUUUCCCCAAGUGACCGAUGCGACCCCAGUUUGACCCCAGAGAGCCGAGAAGAAUGCAACAACCAACCGUGUGUGGCUGAGAUAAAUCCAUCAUGCAGCGACCAGUAUCAUAACUGUAUGGUGGUGGUUCAGGCCAGGCUCUGUGUCUACCCGUACUACAGGAGUGUCUGCUGCGCCUCCUGCUCUCAAGUCCAGAAAACAUACCCCGACUCACUUCAAAAGAACCACAUCCGCAGGUGAUGCUGCCACAGAGAAGGUUCAAUUCACUUCACCGCACUCUGUUUGGAGAGCACCUCAGUAUGUGAUAUAAAGCAUGGUUCAAUAUUCAGUCAGCCUGCAACAGAAUAACUGACCAGGUAAUCAGCUGUUCUCUUCUAGUUUUUGGACUCAGCACCAUGAACCUGAAAAUCUCUCAAUCUUUUGACAACACACACAAACAGUAUUUCACUUUGUAGAGUAUGUAGUGUAACUUCAAACUGGACAUGUCACUUUUGAUGAUGUAUUGUAUAUUUAUUCUUAAUAAAGGGUGUAUAACUUCCGGUACUUAGCUGUUGUUUGUUGUGUUAUUACAGAUGUUAAAAAAGAUAUUGAAUAGUUUGAUUUUUACACGAUACUGUUUUAUGUCUCAACCUCCUAUUGUGAGGUUAAGAUGAUUACAUAAAUGCAGCACCAAGUUAAAAAAAAAUGUGUUAAG